GGGUUGAUGAAUCAAUGAAAUUUUAGAACUGUCAUUGUAACAGAAAAUUGUGAACUUUUUUUAAUACACCAAUAUCAUGGUUCAUGUAAGAAUAUAUCUUUAUCUGGCUUUUGCUUAAUUGAUAUUAACAAUUAUUGAAUGAUAAAUGAACAUCAUUUGCUAACGUUGAUAAAACAACGAUGAACACAGGUACUUGUGAAUUUCAAUUUUUGAAACUUUAACGUACCAAUGGUAUCAAGUAUGUAUAAAGGGUGUACAAUGAUGUAUAACAGUUGAUAGCAUUGGAUGACGGUACGUGAACGAUUAAUGAGUGAAUUAUCAUAAAUAAUUAUGUUGUUAAAAAUGUCCGUGUUUACGUACGUGUUUGUGGAGAAAUCCUCUUCGUUGUGUAUCUGGUUUUGAAGCUAUUCGACUAUAUAGUUUAUGAUGGGCGUCAUGAACCUUACAGACAUGGACGAAAGCGUUACGGAAGAAGUGGGAAUUUCAGCCGCUGUUCUUUCACAAUCUGUUUCUGAACAAGCUGCGUCUCAAUUGAACAGGUGUCCCGGAUGUAACGAAGUUGUGUUGGAUCGUCACGUGCUGAAAGUAGACGAUGUGGUUUGGCAUGUAUGUUGUCUUAAGUGUUGUGUGUGUCAAUGUGAGUUGGGUCUGGAUACAAUAUGUUAUUCCCAACAAGGACAGAUCUAUUGUAAAGAGGAUUAUGCCAGAAAAUUUGGCAAAAAAUGUUCCGCUUGUUUACGAAGUAUCGAAUGCAAGGACUAUGUUCGUAAAGCCAAAACCUUAGUUUAUCAUUUGGAUUGUUUUUCCUGCUCCGUCUGCGGAAGACAACUGGCAACAGGUGAAAGAUUUAUAUUGGACGAUAAAAAACUUUACUGUCAACUUCACUGCGCUGAAUUCCUGCAAGUGGGCAGUUUUCCUCGAGGAGGCGAUGAAACUAACUCACUCAAACGGAAGCGAGUUCGAACGACAUUCUCAGACGAUCAAUUACAAGUGUUAAACGCAAGCUUCAUUGUUGAUCCAAAUCCCGACGGUCACGAUCUUGAACGGAUUGCAAAACGAACAGGACUGACGAAACGCGUUACCCAAGUGUGGUUUCAAAACUCCAGGGCCCGCUUGAAAAAGCAAACGUCGAGCAGCGAAUGAGUUCUAUGACGACGAAAACCUAAUUCACAAUUACAAGAGAAAGGCUGUAGGUUCAAGAAACGAAAUUGUGUUUCAAUCUGCAAGAAAAUAGUUCAAACAAGAAAGACAAUGUUUGACUUUGUGUGAACGUUUGAUGAGACGCUUCAAUGCAUAAGUUCGUCACAUAUUUGUAUAUAAAUUUGACAACAUAUGCUUAUUUUACGUUUCAAGUUGUAGUAUUCAUUAAUCUGCAUCCAACAUUAUAAUAAUUAUACCUUUGGUAUAUUGAUAUUA